AUCUCCCGUUCUCUUUCUUUUAAAACAAUGUCAUCACACGAAUACAUUUUCAAGUAUAUUAUUAUUGGCGAUAUGGGUGUUGGAAAAUCAUGUUUGUUGCACCAAUUUACGGAACAAAAAUUCCAAUCUGACUGUCCUCACACUAUUGGUGUAGAGUUUGGUACUAGAGUCAUAGAAGUUGAAGGUAAAAGCAUUAAAUUACAAAUAUGGGACACAGCUGGACAAGAACGUUUCAGAGCUGUUACAAGAUCGUAUUAUAGAGGUGCUGCUGGUGCUUUGAUGGUUUAUGAUAUUACUCGUCGUAACACAUUCCAUCAUUUGGCCAGUUGGCUAACCGAUGCUCGUAAUUUGACAAAUCCACAUACUAUUAUUGUUUUAAUUGGUAACAAAUCAGAUUUGGAAGAUCAAAGACAAGUUAGUUUUGAAGAAGCUUCUCGUUUUGCUAAAGAAAACGGUCUUGUUUAUGUAGAAACAUCUGCAAAGACUGGUGAAAACGUCACCAAAGCUUUCAUGGAAACUGCUAGUAGAAUUUAUAAGAAUAUUGUUGACGGAGUUUUGGAUCCAAACAGUGUCGAAUCAGGGAUACAAUAUACAAAGACAUUGAUUAGUGAUGAAGUAACGUCUACAGGCAAUAAUCCAAAGCCUUCUGGUGGAUGCCCAUGUUAAAUUUUUCUGUACAUUUAUAUUAAAUACUUUAAAAUCGUUUAUGAAAAACACAUAAACAUUAAUUUCACUUUUUA